AGGCCCACCCUGACCCCUGCCCUCACUCGAUGGUGACACGCAGGCCGGUGACAUGAGGCUGGCCCACGCUCUGCUCCCCCUGCUGCUGCAGGCCUGCUGGGCCACCGCGCAGGACCUCCCGGCAGCUGAGAGGGCCAUCGCCUUCCAAGACUGCCCCGUGGACCUCUUCUUCGUGCUGGACACCUCCGAGAGCGUGGCCUUGAGGCUGAAGCCCUACGGGGCCCUGGUGGACAAAGUCAAGUCUUUCACCAAGCGUUUCAUCGACAACCUGAAAGACAGGUACUACCGCUGCGACCGCAACCUGGUGUGGAACGCGGGCGCCCUGCACUACAGCGACGAGGUGGAGAUCAUCCGCGGGCUCACGCGCAUGCCCAGCGGCCGCGACGCGCUGAAGGCCAGCGUGGACGCGGUCAAGUACUUCGGCAAGGGCACCUACACCGACUGCGCCAUCAAGAAGGGGCUGGAGGAACUGCUCGUUGGGGGCUCCCACCUGAAGGAGAACAAGUACCUGAUUGUGGUGACUGACGGGCACCCCCUGGAGGGCUACAAGGAGCCAUGCGGGGGCCUGGAGGAUGCUGUGAAUGAGGCCAGGCACCUGGGCAUCAAAGUCUUCUCAGUGGCCAUCACGCCCGACCACCUGGAGCCACGUCUGAGCAUCAUUGCCACAGACCACACGUACCGGCGCAACUUCACAGCGGCUGACUGGGGGCAGAGCCGUGAUGCAGAGGAGGUCAUCAGCCAGACCAUCGACACCAUUACCGACAUGAUUAAAAAUAAUGUGGAACAAGUGUGCUGCUCCUUCGAGUGCCAGCCUGCAAGAGGACCUCCUGGACCACGGGGUGACCCAGGGUAUGAGGGAGAACGAGGGAAACCAGGUCUCCCCGGAGAGAAAGGAGAAGCUGGAGACCCUGGAAGGCCCGGGGACCUGGGACCCGUUGGUUACCAGGGGAUGAAGGGAGAAAAAGGAAGCCGAGGAGAGAAGGGCUCCAGGGGACCCAAAGGUUACAAGGGGGAGAAGGGCAAGCGAGGCAUCGACGGUGUGGACGGCAUGAAGGGGGAGAUGGGGUACCCUGGCCUGCCGGGUUGCAAGGGCUCACCUGGAUUCGAUGGCAUGCAAGGACCCCCGGGGCCCAAGGGCGACGUGGGUGCAUUCGGAAAGAAGGGAGAAAAGGGUGCGCCUGGAACCGACGGGGAGCCUGGGCGGCCAGGGAACACAGGGCCCUCCGGAGAUGAGGGAGACCCCGGAGCGCCCGGUUCCCCAGGAGAGAAGGGUGAGGCUGGCGACGAGGGCAAUGCUGGGCCGGACGGGCCCCCUGGAGACAGGGGUGGCCCUGGGGAAAGAGGACCACGGGGCACCCCAGGUGUGCGGGGACCGAGAGGAGACCCGGGUGAAGCUGGACCCCCAGGUGACCAGGGUCGAGAAGGCCCUGUCGGUAUCCCCGGAGACCCGGGUGAUGCUGGCCCCAUUGGACCUAAAGGGUACCGAGGAGAUGAGGGGCCUCCAGGGCUCGAGGGCCCCAGAGGUGCCCCAGGGCCGGUAGGACCUCCCGGAGACCCCGGACAGAUGGGAGAAAGGGGUGAAGACGGCCCCCCCGGAAACGGCACUGAAGGCUUCCCCGGCUUCCCUGGCUAUCCGGGCAGCAGGGGCCCUCCCGGGAUAAACGGCACUAAAGGCUACCCGGGCCUCAAGGGGGAUGAGGGAGAAGCAGGAGACCCUGGAGAGGAUAACAAUGACGUUGCCCCCGGCGGUGUCAAAGGCGCGAAGGGGUACCGGGGCCCCGAAGGCCCCCAGGGACCCCCAGGACACACGGGACCGCCCGGACCAGAUGAAUGCGAGAUUUUGGACAUCAUCAUGAAAAUGUGCUCUUGCUGUGAGUGCAAGUGCGGCCCCAUCGACAUCCUCUUCGUGCUGGACAGCUCCGAGAGCAUCGGGCUGCAGAACUUCGAGAUCGCCAAGGACUUCAUCAUCAAGGUCAUCGACCGGCUGAGCCGGGAUGAGCUGGUCAAGUUCGAGGCCGGACAGUCGCACGCAGGCGUGGUGCAGUACAGCCACAACCAGAUGCAAGAGCACGUGGACUUGAGGGACCCCAACAUCAGGAACGCCCAGGAGCUCAAGGAAGCCAUCAAGAAACUGCAGUGGAUGGCGGGCGGCACGUUCACGGGCGAGGCUCUGCAGUACACCCGGGACCGGCUCCUGCCCCCCACCCAGAACAACCGGAUUGCCCUGGUCAUCACAGACGGCCGCUCAGACACCCAGAGGGACACCACGCCACUCAGCGUGCUCUGCGGCCCUGACAUCCAGGUGGUCUCCGUGGGCAUCAAGGAUGUAUUUGGCUUCGUCGCGGGCUCUGACCAGCUCAACACCAUUUCCUGCCAAGGCCUCGCACCCCAGGGCCGGCCAGGCAUCUCGCUGGUCAAAGAGAACUACGCGGAGCUGCUGGAGGACGCCUUCCUGAAGAACAUCACCACCCAGAUCUGCAUAGACAAGAAAUGUCCAGAUUACACCUGCCCAAUCGUGUUCUCCUCGCCGGCCGACAUCACCAUCCUGCUGGACGGCUCCGCCAGCGUGGGCAGCCACAACUUCGAGACCACCAAGCAGUUCGCCAAGCGGCUGGCCGAGCGCUUCCUGACGGCCGGCCGGGCGGACGCGUCCCGGGACGUGCGCGUGGCGGUGGUGCAGUACAGUGGCACCGGGCAGCAGCAGCCGGAGCGCGCCGCCCUGCACUUCCUGCAGAACUACACCGUGCUGGCCAGCACCGUGGACGGCAUGGACUUCUUCAACGACGCCACGGACGUCAACGACGCCCUCCGGUACGUGACCCGCUUCUACCGGGAGGCCUCGUCGGGGGCCACCAAGAAGAAGCUGCUGCUCUUCUCAGACGGCAACUCCCAGGGGGCCACGGCGGCCGCCCUGGAGAAGGCUGUGCAGGAGGCGCAGCGGGCGGGCAUCGAGGUCUUCGUGGUGGUGGUGGGCCACCAGGUGAACGAGCCACACAUCCGCGUCCUGGUCACCGGCAAGACGGCCGAGUACGACGCAGCCUUCGGCGAGCGCCACCUGUUCCGCGUGCCCAGCUACCAGGCCCUGCUGCGGGGCGUCUUCUACCAGACGGUGUCCAGGAAGGUGGCCCAGGAUUAGCCAGUCUCCCCCAAACUGAAACAAAGUAAAAAUGUGACAUAAAUGGUCCUGACCAACCCAAUUAGCUAGAUUUUUUUUUAAAGGACAAGCUUGAAAAGCCGCCAUGCGAGCGGGAGUCUGCGCCCUGGUCCUAGGAUCCUGCCCCCACCCCCACCCCGCACGCCUGAACCCCUAUCUCACCACCCCGAGUUAACAUCCCGAACCUCCUGCAGGCUCCAGACCCCAGCCGGUGAGAACCCUGACACCUCAUUUCUCUGGGGUGUCUGCGAACUGUCCCCCAAUAACCCUACAGAACCCUUCGUUUAACAUCUCAUUUCCACAUACGGUCAAAGCCCACCACUCAGUUCACGUGAGCCGAGGGACUGCGUUCCGCUUUCGGAAACCAAGGUUGAGAGGAUUCUAAAACCCUGACAGGGUCUCAUCACUCCGCCCCUGGACCUUGGUCCCCGAAGCCUCAGCCUGAGAGCUCGGGGCAGCACACGGACGUUGACCAGCGUCCCCAGAGAACAGCAGAAAGUAGUGUCUCCUUGACCCUGUGCCCCUGCAAACCCCAAGAACAAAGGUGCUAUCCUGUCAACCCCCCACCCACUGAUGCCGAGAGGCCUGGGCACCCGGGCCAUCUGUUGGCACAAAGUGAUGGGCCAAAGCUCUUUCCUCCAGGGAGUGAUUGGUUCUGCAUUUCAUUGAACACCCUCUUUGUUAGUUUCAUUGUUCAGUCCUUCCUGUGUUUUUCUCAACUGUGUCCCUGUCAGCAAAUUUUCCAAAUAAAAGUUUUCACUCUUG